AUGGCUAACGCUUCCUAUCCGUUGACCCGUAUCGGGGGCAAAGCAUUCAAUCAUAGCACCAGCGGCGAUGCCGAAGCAGAAUACGACCGUCUCCGCGACGCAGCGCGACAAGAAGCCGGCAAGCGCGCGUCCUGCUUCGACAAAGCGCAUCAGGCAUACGAGCGAGGCGAUGGAGCGGCGGCGCAUCAGUUGAGUCAGGAGGGGAAGCGCCACGCGGCGAAGAUGGAUCAGUUCAACAAGCAGGCCUCCGACUACAUCUUCCGCGAGAACAAUGCGCCGGGACGGGUUGCGGACGACACGAUUGAUCUGCACGGGCAGUUUGUCGAGGAAGCGGAGGAUAUUCUAGAGCAGCGGAUCCGCUAUGCGCAGCAGAAUGGACAGAACCAUUUGCAUGUGAUUGUCGGGAAGGGCAACCAUUCGGUGAACCACGUUCAGAAGAUCAAGCCGAGGGUCGAGCAAGUAUGCCGGGAAUUGGGACUGCAGUAUGCCACCGAGGCGAACCAAGGGCGCAUCUAUAUCAACCUCAGCGGCGGCCCAGCGACGAUGCCUCCGGCGGGCGGCCACCAAGGACAGCAACAUGGAGGGCACCAGCAGGGCGGUCCUCCACAGGCUGGAUAUCCGGGCGGUCAUCAACACCAGGGCCAACAGCAGCAUGGUCAGCAGCAACACGGCUUUCAACACGGCAAUCAACACGGCAACGAGAACAACAACAACAACCAGAACGACGAGCUGGAGAAGCUAGCCAAGAAAAUUGUACCAAGAAUUUUAAAGAAGCUGGAUGGGUGCUGCAUUGUCAUGUAA